UUCUUCUAGUUGGUCAUUAGUUUCCAACACAAUUGAAGGUUCGAGAAAACCGCUUCCGGUAUUGGCCGGAUUGCAGGAUGAACCGAAUUUAUGCACAAUCGCUCUUCCUCGGCACCAAAACCGUGCAUCUGCUAAGAUUAGUCUCAUCCUCCUUUGAAACUCUCUCCGACGGAAAUGGACGCUCAUUUUAUUGGAUAUCUAAGGUUCCAUCUCGCCAUGUUCUUCGAGCAACGCCUAUUAGGAGUUUUAGUGCUUGUUCUGCAUCUCAAGAUUUGUCAAUUAAAAAAUGUGUGCCUUGCAAUUCAAAAGAUAUACUAAUCAUGACAGAGCAAACUGCCAAUGAACUGCUUAUACAGGUGCCAGACUGGAAAUUGAUAAAUGAAGAUGGUAUUAUGAAGCUACAGAGGUCAUGGAAAGUUAAAAGCUUUACCAAAGGACUAGAGUUUUUUCAACUUGUAGCUGAUAUUGCAGAGGCAGAAGGUAGUUUGUCUUUCCGUUGGAGCUUACUGGAGACCAAUUUCUCCAGAAUGUCGUACUGUUACCAGUUAUCAAUGCCAUGCCGUAUGUCUCUUGAAACAGAAUCUCCGCACUGUGGUUCAAUAUUAUGCUUUUGCUUUUGGGUCAUCAUCCUGACCUUCAUCUGGUUGGCUGGAACAAGGAGGUUUAACCGAAAAUGAUUUCAUCCUUGCUGCGAAGAUUAAUUCGCUUAAACUGGACCAUCUUCUUAGUAAGAAAACUGCUGCUUAAGCAGCCUAAUACCUCCUGAAGCUUGAACUGUAAACAUGGAAAAAAAAUAAAUAAAAAUAAAAAAUUAAAAAAAAAAAAUAGUGACCGGUAUUAUGCGCUGGUAGGAUCAUGAAACCUCAUGUUUCUUAUGAAUUUUAUAUUUUAGUACUCAAUAUAUUCAUUGUGGCUUCAGUUUUAUCUCGAUGGUAAUGGACUAGAUUAGCAUACUAUAGAAAUAACUUGUUUCAAAUCACUGCGGGAUUUCCUCUUAUAGCAAGUAAUAAGAUCUCGAUGGUGAACUUGAAUUACGAAGUAUUAUUGACGAACUUUGGCAUCCAUGGGUAAGUAUUUAUUAUGUGCUGAUGAUGUUGUGAAGAUGUGAUUAAAGUGAUUUCUUUAUUGAUUUAUAUGAUAUGUUAUUUAUGUGAAGUAAUAUAUCUGUAAAAAGUCAAAUUGAUAUUUUUUUGAUAGUAAGAUGAACGCAGUUCUAAGUAGAGGGUGACAGAUACUGGUUCAAAUCAUGUUCAAUAAAAAGCCAAAAGUUGUUCUAAUUUUCAAAGUUUG